CCCGUAUUGAUGUCUCGUCAAUGGCUACAACAAAGAAGCUCAUAAAUAGUCCCGAGACGGCGGUUGUCGACUCGCUAGAAGGCUUGGUGCUUACCUAUGGCCACCUACAGCGGCUAGAAGGCUGGCCAAAGAUCAAGGUUGUAAUCAACCGCAACCAUGAUAAGUCCAAGGUGGCAGUUAUCUCAGGCGGCGGCAGCGGACACGAACCCGCCCACGCGGGUUACGUGGGGGAUGGCAUGCUAGCAGCGGCGGUGGCGGGGGACGUGUUCGCGUCGCCCCCAGCUGAUGCAGUCCUAGCCGCCAUCCGCGCAGUGACGGGUCCCGCGGGAGCCUUGCUGGUGGUCAAGAACUACACGGGCGACCGGCUGUGUUUCGGCCUGGCUGCGGAGCGGGCGCUGUGCGAGGGGUUCGCAGUGGAG